UGAAGAGCGAGACGCGUGGAAGCAGCGCAUGCGCGCCGGAAUCUGGACGUAUAGCUGACGGCGCUUGUGAAGUGCUGUGUUGGUGUUGAUAAGUAUUAGAAAAAAAAGCAUUCAGAACUAUUGUUCCGCAGACCUUGGUGAACGAACUCCUACUCCUUGGUCUAAAUAUACUACUUGCAAUUGGGUGUUGGACUUCCUAACCAACAGGCUUCAGAUGGCCAGGAUGCAUAAUCUCUCCUCCCUCCCCAUCAUCCUCAACAUGGAUGACCCCCAGUACAUCGAUCUGACGAAUUUAUAACAGAAACUUCAUAAUGACGGACAAUAAACGCCUCGCCUAUUCCAUCAUUCAGUUUUUACGUGAUCAGCUUCAAUCUGGAGAUCUGACUUCAGAUGCUCAGGAAAGCUUAGAGGUUGCAGUUCAGUGUUUGGAGACCGCAUUUAGCAUCUCAGUGGAUAACGAGGAUCUUGCUGUGUCUCGGACACUCCCAGAGAUCUUCGCGGCUGCUGUUACUGAGGAGAUACCCAAUGUGGUUGUGGACCCUGUGCUUCACACUCCAACUGCUGAAGAUAUCUCAAAAGCUGAACUAUUGAAAACUGAAGGAAAUGAACAGAUGAAAAUAGAAAAUUAUCAGAGUGCUGUGGAUUACUACACAAAAGCUAUUGAAUUGAAUCCAAACAAUGCAGUUUACUUUUGCAACAGGGCAGCAGCAUACAGCAAAUUAGGAAACUACGGUGGAGCAGUACAAGACUGUGAAAAGGCAAUAGCAUUUGACCCAUGCUACAGCAAAGCCUAUGGCAGAAUGGGGUUGGCCCUGGCUAGUCUAAAUAAAUACAGUGAGGCAGUUAAUUACUAUAAAAAGGCUCUGGAGUUGGAUCCUGACAAUGAAUCAUACAAAGCAAACCUCAGUGUAGCAGAACAGAAGAUUAAGGAUGCACCAAGUCCAACAGGCGGCAGCGGUGGAUUUGAUCUGGCAGGUUUACUGAAUAAUCCAGGCUUUAUGAAUAUGGCAUCUAAUUUAAUGCAGAAUUCACAAGUACAGCAAUUAGUUUCUGGAAUGAUGUCUGGAUCUUACGGUCCAGUAGGAGGAAGUGCAGGAGGGCCUGGAACAGGAGCCAAUGACAUUGCAGGCCUCAUCCAAGCAGGGCAGCAGUUUGCACAGCAGAUGCAACAGCAAAACCCAGAGCUAAUUGAACAGUUGCGGAGCCAAAUCAGGAGCCGAACCCCCAGUGCCAGCAAUGAAGAACAGUCCUAACAGCAGACAAGGAGGUGUGAGCCAGCCCAACCCUUACUACCACUACCACUACCACUAGUUCUUCUGCAAGUCGAGGGUAUCUUUGCAACCAGGAACUCAAAAUAACGAUUUCUACUGUCACUUGCAUGUUCGGGCGAAUACUUGGGGUGAAGAGCCAGCAAGUUGUAAACAAGAAAUUGAAACAAAACUGGGCUUUCAGGCUUGCAAAAGCAUCUCAUCAACUUUUUGUGAAAUUCAUCUGUUGAGCUUUCUGUGAAUCUCCAAGUUUUUUUAACCAGAAUUGUCACAGAGGAAUGCCUAGCUGCUCUGUCAUUUCAGAUCAUCUGCCAACAUACAAGAUUCUUUUGUCUUUGGGGGAAAAAUCUACAGAACGAACAGCAGUGAUUAUAUACCUCGCCUUCUCACAAUAGUGGCAUUUUUGUUGAUAACUGGUACUGUUUAGCUGGCAAAGCUUAAGAUUUUUUUUCUGUUGCUGAAAUAUUUUUCCAGAAUUUUAGAAGAAUAGACCAGCAAGAGUCAGUGUUUAAAUUAAUAUAGCAUAUGGGAUGAUUAACAUCAUGUUUUUCAUUCAUGUAGAUUUUCAGAUUUUCUUUAAUUGUGUAUAAGAUUGUAUGAAAACAUUACACGUAUUUGUGAUUAGCUUUUUAAACAAAGAAAUGAACAUGAUCCUUAAGGUGACCCUGUGACAAUUGUUUGAAAUAUCACUGACAUCACCAGCUUGACAGCAAAAAUUAACUUCCAUUCUGUAGUUGAUAAAUUUAGGAAAUACUUUUACAGUGUGGCCCUCGGUGCAUGUAAAAAAAAUAACGUUAUUAAUCAAAAUCUAACUGUUCACUGUUAUGGUUAAGUUGUUGGCAGUACUGGGGGGUAAUUGUGAAGAAAUGGGGACAGGUUAUGGGUCUGAGGUCCCAUUUGAUAAUCUCAGCCACUUCAGACUACAGUGGCUGUUCUAUAUUGAACAAUGUCAAGUGCAGUGUUCUGCCUAUAGAAAUAAAAUAACUUCAAUAAUAGCCAUUGUUUAUAACCUGGUUGUAAAAAGGAUAAAAUUAAAUGAAGGUUCUUUUAUGUUAUGUGAACUAUUUCCAUUAAUUUCUUUUCAAUUCCCUUAUUUUUAAAUUUACAACAGCUAUUCAUGGAAGUGUUUUGAUGUCCUCUUUGUAUUCAUAUAUUCAGCUUUUGCAAUGUGGACAAAACAACAGCUUAGCUAUUUUUUUGUGGACUGAAUCCAUUUUAAAAAUGCCAGUGAAAAUUCCUGUGAGAAUUAGAUGCAUUCAGCCAUUAACUCAUAUUGGACUUGCUGCAUCACAGAAUUCAAUCCAGAAAUUCUGAUUUUUACAAGUCUUAAAAUCCCAUGUUAUGAAGGAUUAAAUUAAUCAGUUGCCAUAACUUGAUUUGUCAAAUUCCUUCCUACUUGUAAGUCAAUAAUAUGGUUCUAUGCCAAAGUACAGCAACAAAGGGGAAAUGCGUAAAACAUGCACUGCAGAUUCCUCAGAUGGAGUUUUGAUUGCCAGGGGAUCCCUUUUGCAGUGUUUCCGGGUUUGAAGAAGUAAUUGCAAAAGUUGUACGCCCUCUUUACAAAAAAAAUAAAUUUCUGGUAGUGCACUGCGAAUGAUCCUAUAAAAUGAACUUGUCAAUUAUCCUUAUCCGUGGUGUGAUGAAUUGUUAUUAUUAGCCAUCCUUCCACAAGUUAAUACAAGGAUGGUAAUCUUCCCAUUUAUAAUAAUGAAGGAUAGUACUUUCCCAAUAGAAUACUGCUGCUCCCAGAAUACUCUGCUGAUUUAACAUUUUUAAUGCAUUUGAAUUGCAGGAACUUUGUACAUUGUAUUAUUUAAAUAAAAAGUUUAGGAGGGGCAUUGUUCAUUUAAUCCACACAAGAAUACAGUGCUAUCAAACUGUCAACAGUCAGGAUCUCGUUAAGUACAACAAUAACAGAUAAAGUUCUAUACGGAA